AUGUUUUCUGGUUAUGAGCUCGCUCAUUCUCAUGAUGCUUCCCAGUCGAGAAACGAGUAUGGUGUUCUGUAUGUGAAUGGUUAUCAAAUUCUUCAGUAUGUCUACGCAAUGAAUAUUAUGUGGUUUGGAAAUGGAGAGCAAUUCCAGACAAUUGUGUGGUUUAGGAGGGAUUUGAGAAUUGAAGAUAAUCCAGCUUUAGCUGCUGCUGCUAGGAAUGGAAGUGUUUUACCGGUGUUUAUUUGGUGUCCAAAGGAAGAAGGGCAAUUUUAUCCCGGUAGAGUUUCAAGAUGGUGGCUGAAGCAAUCUCUGAUUCACUUGAAACAGUCUUUGAAAUCUCUUGGGGCUGAACUUGUGUUGAUCAAAGCUCAGAGUACACUUUCUGCUCUCACGGAAUGUGUCGAUGCUGUUGGAGCAACAAAAGUUGUGUAUAAUCAUCUAUAUGAUCCUGUUUCACUUGUUCGUGACCACAAUAUCAAGCAAAAGUUGGGGGAACUUGGCAUAUCUAUUCAGAGCUACAACGGGGACUUACUGAAUGAACCAUGGGAAGUUUACGAUGAUGAUGGAAAAGUUUUUACAACUUUUGAUGCAUACUGGGAGAAGUCGUUAAGUAUACAAAACGAAUCUGGUUCCCACCUUCCUCCUUGGAGAUUAACUCAAGCUGCAGGAUCGGUUAAAAUGUGUUCAAUUGAGGAAUUGGGACUGGAAAACGAGUCGGAAAAAUCUAGUAAUGCAUUACUAGGGAAAGGAUGGACACCAGGUUGGAGCAAUGCAGACAAGGCCUUAACCGAAUUUGUAGAGAGCAAUCUACUCGCGUACUCAAAGGAUAGGCUGAGAGUCGGGGGAAACUCUACAUCCCUUUUGUCUCCUUAUCUUCACUUCGGAGAAGUAAGUGUGAGGAAAGUUUUCAACAGUGUGCGCUUGAAGCAGAUACUUUGGACCAAAGAAGGGAACUCUGUUGGAAAAGACAGUGCCACUAUUUACCUUAGAGCUAUUGGGCUUCGAGAGUAUUCUCGCUAUAUCUGUUUUAAUUUCCCAUUUACUCAUGAAAGAUCGUUACUGAACAACCUGAGGUUUUUCCCUUGGAAUGCUGAUCAAGCCCAUUUUAAGGCUUGGCGACAGGGACGGACUGGUUACCCAUUAGUCGAUGCAGGAAUGAGGGAGCUUUGGGCAACGGGAUGGGUUCAUAAUAAAAUAAGAGUGAUUGUGUCAAGUUUCUUUGUAAAGUUUUUACUUUUGCCAUGGCAAUGGGGAAUGAAGUACUUUUGGGAUACACUAUUGGACGCGGAUUUAGAAAGUGAUAUCAUUGGUUGGCAAUAUAUCUCGGGUAGCUUGCCCGAUGGUCAUGAACUUGAGCGCCUCGAUAACCCAGAGGUUCAAGGAUUCAAUUAUGAUCCGGAGGGUGAAUAUGUGAGGCAUUGGCUACCUGAGCUAGCAAGAAUGCCAGCUGAGUGGAUCCAUCAUCCUUGGGAUGCACCACCUAAUGUGCUCAAAGCUGCAGGGGUGGAACUCGGAAUGAAUUAUCCGAACCCCAUAAUUGAUGUAGAUGUUGCGAGGGAUCGUUUAAUGCAAGCUAUAUUCAUCAUGAGAGAAAAAGAAGCAGCUGUGAAUGCUUCAGAUGCAAGUGGAACCAUUGAAGUUGUGUUUGAUAACUCAGAAAAUGUUGGAGAUUCAGCCAAUAUCCCUAAGGACGACGUUGUAAAGGGAAAGAUGCCUUGCCCGAGCAGUUCAUCUUAUGAUCAAAGGGUGCCAUCAAUGCAAAAUACAUAUAAAAAGAGACCAAAGCCCGAAGAGGAUACAAAGAAGCUCAACGAUAACAGGCUUAGCUACAAGAAUGAAAGGAUCAAAAUGUCAAACGUGGACGGUGACUUGUGCUCUACUGCAGAAUCCUCUUCUAUGAAAAAACAGAUGACCAUCAGCAGAAACUCAUUCUCUGUACCUCGAACAAUUACCAUGUCUCACGACAGAAAAUCCUUUGAUGACGAAGCAUCAUCACAUGUGAAGCUACAAAAGGAAGAAGAGAUUGACACAGAAAUCAAUUCGUGCAAAAAUGAAGCUACAACGCGAUGAUUCCCUCACCAUCUCCAAACAUCUGAUAGUUGAAUCAACAUAUGCAGUGGAAUGACGAUAU